AUGGGGUUGAAAUGCCCCGGAGCCCGCACAGACGCCUUCUUCGUCUAUACAGUUGUAGAUGCAUCAGCUGCCUUUGCGAGCUUGAACUCGAAGCACGAACCAUCGCUUCUUCGGAGCGGCACCAACAAUCGUCACCCAGUGCAGUUACCAGCGUCACAGCCAUCACCAGCCGGAGCCUUUGAUCAGCUGUUCGUCUCUCACUUCAUCGACAGCUUCUUCGGAACUCCUAGACCAUCUCUGCCUGUGCCUGGAGGAUCGUCAAGGAUAUGGCUGCACGAGCUUCCCGAAUUCCUCGCCUCUCCGUCUCCGUCUCCCGUGCAAAGCUCCAUCAGGGCAGCAUCAAUGCUCAGCUAUGGCACGGCAGUUGGCGAUGCCUCCCUCAAGACAGAAGCCUGCAGAUGGUACCUGAGAGCACUGCAGAGUCUCCGACUUCUGCUAUCCCACGACGGCCCACUGAGAUCCUCUUCAGAGAGUUUGGUCUGCGCAGCCGUCAUGCUCGUCCACUUUGAGACCUUGGCGGGAACCAGCCCCAGGGCGUGGCUGAAGCACGUCAAAGGCGCGGCUUCAUUGCUGGAAGGACAAGGACCUGAACGCUGUCGGACCGGGUUCCUGCAUCAGAUAUUCAGCCACCUGCGACUCCAAACGUUUGUCGCAGCCAUGGCUAACAACGAGCUUCAUCCCUUUGCAUCACCCCAAUGGACCACGAUUCCAUUCGAAACUCAUCCAAAGCUCAUAUUUGACAGACUAGUCGACAUCCUCUUUGCUGCUCAGCGAUGCUUGUCCAUUGCCAGCCGUCUCAUUACAUCCAAGACCGAGCAGAGAAACCUCUUGUGCCAUGAACUUAAUCUUGUCAUCCAGGAUGCGAGACUUCAGAUCCAUCAAUGGCGAUCAGAGGCCCUCUCUUACGCUUCUCGCAAAGACGGCCGACAGAACCAAGAGGCCUCAGAGCCGGUAGCUGACGACCAUCUCAUGACAUCUUCUGAUCCCUUUCACUUCAUGCUGCCAUACAAUGACGUUGCAUCAGCAGCAUUGGUCACGCUCUACGAUGCGGCCAAUGUCAUCCUGCUCCGUUUGCUGUGUCUGGUGUCUCCCGAGGCAGCCUCGUAUACUAUGCGUGUUCAGCAACACUCAGAGUCAAUCCUAUCAGCGCAUGCCAUGAUCAAGACAUCAUCAACCUCUGUACCUGGCCGCAGCUCUAUCAUGUUGGUUCAGCAGCUGAAAACCGUUGCCCUGUGGAGUCCCUCUUCGCGGCAGAGAGAGGUGGCUGUUCAAAUGCUCCAGGGACAAACGAAUCAGAACAGAGGCUUCGCAGACAUUUCGGCGCCCUCGAACGAGUACUUUGCUCAUGUGGCGGCGUAUAUUCUCAACAAUUACUCCGUCGACUGA